GAAUGGGCUUCAACACAGUCCUCACUUGUUGAGUGAUCUCUAUGGGGACAGUCUAACGCUAACCCGACACACCUAAACACUCCAUUUGAUCGGCAAAUGACGACGGCAGUGAUGAAAGGAUUUGUGCUGUUGAUCUGCUUGUUCUUCACAGUUGUUCAGUCCAUCACAUGUGAAGCGAACAGGAUAGAUGCGCGCAAAAAACACGAAAACGACGUGGCGCACCACAGCUCUGCCAUAACAACAGGAGUGUGGAAUCAGGAGAAACCAAAAAGACUCUUUGCCAGGACUCGCUAUCUGUCUCAGCAGAGACAUCAUGUGGUGAGACCUAAGCCCAGGCCUGAGGCCGUUUCUCCAGCCCAGACUCCAGCGCGGCGCUGUGCCGGUCUGAUGGAGAGCUGCUCCUCGCUCACUCCCUGCUGUGAUCCAUGUGCUUCCUGCCACUGCAGGCUCUUCAACACCAUCUGCCACUGCUGGAGACUGGGACACCUCUGCCCCAAGAAGACCUAAUGGCCUUAAACACACACACACACACACACACACACACACACACGUAUAUAUAUAUUGUUGGUUCUCGAUUGCUUUUACUUCAGCAUUGCUCAUCCAAUACUGUUUAUCAAACAAAAAGAAAGAAAAACAUCAUUAAAAUUGAGUUUAGACAUUUAGUUUCUAAAUAUUUCUCAAAGUUUGAUGGUAUCUUGAUAUCAGUUUCCAAAAAUUCACCACACAAAACCAGUUUUCUUCAUGGUUUUUGAUGAUGACGGCAUCUGUAUAAUUUGACAAGCUUCUACCA